UUUUCGGACCAGUCCCUCCCUCCAUCGUCGACGGUGCCUGAUAAUAUGACAGACGCCCUCGCGCCUGUGCUCUCCAUGGCCAAGGAGAGGAUUGACAAAUGUUGUAGUGUCAUUGGACAGCAGGUAACAUGCCGCUUGCUUUAAUCUGGACUGGUCAUCCUCAUAGUCGAUUUUCCGUCCCCUUCAAGCUCUGAAUCUUUACUAUGCAGAGCAUAUCGGCAGCUACCAUACUAGCGUACAAAGGCUCUGUCAUUAUAUUCCGCUAUCCUCUGGGAGCAUCGACGGUAGACCCACAAUUUGCGGAAGAUAUGGAACACUCCAAGCCAGAUCGCAAUGCUAAGACGAAUGGAAACCGCGAAGAAGCUGAAGAGCUGUGUGAGGUUGGAUGUAUUGUGGAUGAAGAGGAAGACAAGCACAAAAAUGUGACCAAAGCUUUGGAGCAGUGCAUCAUUGCCUUCCUCAUUAUACAUGAUGAUGAUGGCUUUUACUUAUGUUCAUUGUUAGGAAAGAUGAAAGAGCGGAUGCUCAACCCGCCCUUAAUAAUAUCGGAAAUGAUAUUUCAGGGCGCUUUCAGAUCACGUCUUUCAUCCGAUCCACGAUUAUUUUCGAGGAUCCGAUUAGUUCUGGUUCCAGCUCUUUCCGAUCCUUUCUCAUUGAUCGUAUAGCGACAUUGUCAAGCAGUAUCCAUCCAUAACUACCAAUCCUGUGUAGUAUGUCCGACGCGGUUGGUUGCGGAGCAAGAGAUGUUGCUUACAUCAUCCAACAUGUGUCCUUCUUUCCCCAUUUUCCCCAUUGUCCUUCUUUCAUUCCCUUUGUUCCCUUUCAUCUCGUUGUUUCUUCUA